CAGCGCAGACUCGAUGACGCAACGGGAGGCGGGGCGUGGCCGUACUCUGAUUGGUGACGGGUGAGGUGGGCCCGGCUGCUGCCCGAAAUCUUAGGACUUCCGAAAGCAGCGGCGGCGUUUGCUUCACUGCUUGGAAGUGUGAAUGCGCGAAGAUGCGAAAGGUGGUUUUGAUUACCGGCGCGAGCAGUGGCAUUGGCCUGGCCCUCUGCAAGCGGCUGCUGGCGGAAGAUGAUGAGCUUCAUCUGUGUUUGGCGUGCAGGAAUAGGAACAAGGCAGAAGCUGUCCGUGCUUCUCUGCUGGCCUCUCACCCCACUGCUGAGGUCACCAUUGUCCAGGUGGACAUCAGCAACCUGCAGUCCGUGUUCCGGGCCUCCAAGGAACUUAAGCAAAGGUUUCAGAGAUUAGACUGUAUAUAUCUAAAUGCUGGGAUCAUGCCUAAUCCACAGCUAAAUAUCAAAGCACUUUUCUUUGGCCUCUUUUCAAGAAAAGUGAUUCAUAUGUUCUCCACAGCUGAAGGCCUGCUGACCCAGGGUGAUAAGAUCACUGCUGAUGGACUUCAGGAGGUGUUUGAGACCAAUGUCUUUGGCCAUUUUAUCCUGAUUCGGGAACUGGAGCCUCUCCUUUGUCACAGUGACAGUCCAUCUCAGCUCAUCUGGACAUCGUCUCGCAAUGCGAGGAAAUCUAAUUUCAGCCUCGAGGACUUCCAGCACAGCAAAGGCAAGGAGCCCUACAGUUCUUCCAAAUAUGCCACUGACCUUCUGAGUGUGGCUUUGAACAGGAACUUCAACCAGCAGGGUCUGUAUUCCAAUGUGGUGUGUCCAGGUACAGCACUGACCAAUUUGACAUAUGGAAUUCUGCCUCCCUUUAUAUGGACACUGUUGAUGCCGGCAAUAUUGCUACUUCGCUUUUUUGCAAAUGCAUUCACUUUGACACCAUACAAUGGAACAGAAGCGCUGGUAUGGCUUUUCCACCAAAAGCCCGAAUCUCUCAAUCCUCUGAUCAAAUAUCUCAGUGCCACCACUGGCUUUGGAAGAAAUUACAUUAUGACCCAGAAGUUGGUUGGUGUCUUCUGUUUCCUGGGCAUAUAGAAGUUGGGGGAGAUAGCAAAACUCGGAUCUUUCAGUCUUGCUGUUUAAGGGAAGCAUCAGUGGGUUUGAUGGACCUAGAUGAAGACACUGCUGAAAAAUUUUAUCAAAAGUUACUGGAACUGGAAAAGCACAUUAGGGUCACUAUUCAAAAGACAGAUAAUCAGGCUGGGCACAGUGGCUCAUGCCUGUAAUUUCCAGCACUUUGAGAGGCCAAGGCGGAAGGAUCACUUGAGACUAGGAGUUCGAGACCAGCCUGAGAAACAUAGUGAGACCCUGUCUCUACAAAAAGAAAUAAAAAAAUUAGCUGGGUGUGGUGGCAUGCAUCUGUAGUCCCAACUACUCAGGAGGAUGAGGUGGGAGGAUCUCUUGAGGCUGGGAGGCGGAGGUUGCAGUGAACUGAGAUUGUGCCGUUGCACUCCAGCCUGGGUGACAGCGAGACCCUGUCUCAAAAAAUAUGUAUAUUUAAUAUAUAUAUAUAUAACACCAGAACUGACAAUGAUACUCUGGAACAUUGCAUACCUUCUUGUACAUUCUGGGGCAUGUGGAUUUCUAUCAUGUUGGAUAAUAUGCAUUUGUAAUAAACUAUGAACUAUGACUGUC